AUGUGGCCUCGCGUGCGCUGGAUGUUGCCGCUGCUGCUGACCGUGUUGCACUCGACGGCGGCCCGCGCACUCGGUUCGGCAGACUGGCAUCGAGUGCAGAUCGGCGUCCCGCGCGAGCGCGUCGACUUCACCGCGGAGCCACUGCAUCAGUUCAAGCACGUCGCAAGCCACGACGGACCCUCGCGAAAACGUUCGAUCCUGCUCACUGUGACCGACAAGAACAUUCUGGCCGCGCUGGACCCCGCCAAUGGCACUCUCCGUCAGUCACUCGUCGCUCGUCUCGUUGGCUAGAGCACCUCGUUACGUGGCCCCACCCCCGCCUGGCAUACCCGACACUAACCCGCGAGCUUGACAUGUACAUGUCCGCACGUAUCUGCUGUGCACUUCGGUAUCUUCGUUUCCAGGAUGGCGACGAUUGUACGGUCCGGACGCGCACAAGCUCAGCUACUUUGCUUGCGGGGAUGACAGUAUGUAGCAUCCGCAUCCGCGUCUUUAUCGAUCUCGGGUGCUGAAUCCAUUGCUUGAUAUCCCCCGCACUAGGUCUCGUCGUGUCGUCACGGGCCGACCUUGGCGACCUGCAAGUUGUCGACGCAACGACGGGCGAGCUUCGAUGGGCGUCUCCGACGAGCGGCGCCGACGACUUUGUACUCGGCCCGGCGCAGGUCGCAGGCGAUGCGAUCUGCUGGGGGGACCAUGAUGGUCCUAAUCGGACCUUGGUCAGUUAUGCUCGGGGUAUCUUGCGAAGCAGGGACGUGGAUACAGGCGCUGAGGGUUGGCACGUCGAGGUUGCGGGGUACGUCAUUUGCCCAACUUUGCCGCCUGUUUGCGCUAAAAACUGGCCCAAACACUUGAUGCAUUCGAGUCAAUCCGGCGCUGACCGUGGCUGAAAGAACCGUCCUAUCACCGGAGCAGGUGGGAUCCAGCGGACCGAGUGCGGCUGGCAAGAUCGCAAGCCAACCUGAUUUUCGUGUUUGCAUGGCCGAAGAGGGAGUUAACCAUGGGCUCCUUGCGCAUUUACAACGCUUCAACCGGCAACCUACUGCGCGAUACUAUGCGCGUGGAAUUGCGGACAUCGGCCGACCAUAUGCCUUUGGCGGUCUCAUCCUCCAGCGACAAGAGCGACUCCGGUGCUCUCGUCUGGGUCGGCGGUUCGUCAGUACGUUGGUUCGCAUUAGCGAGCUCGAGCUCGGGCGUCCUGGCCCUAGCCGACGGCACCUCAUCCGAUUUCGUUCGUGUGGAUAACGUUGGACUCGCAGGGCGUGGCAUAUUCUUGGCGCACCGGCGGGAUGGCACGGUUGUCGUGCUGCGUUGGACCGGGGUGUCCCUGACCAAACUGUGGGACCUGAACGAUUCGGUGAGUGACGUUACUCCCUUUGCCCUCGUCUGCAAGACUUGGCACUGAAAGUGGAAUCCGGGCCGAACGAUGGCGUUCUCCAGUCCUUCGCUUCGUUGUUCUCGGGCUUUGUAGAUCGCGAGAAUGAGGCCCACAUCGGCCAUCUAUCCUUCUCUCCGACUCUCCAGGUAAGGUCCCUGACUUUCAUCGCGCCCUAGGAGACGCAGCAACCCUGAUCAGACUUGCGGACCCAGCUGGCAAGCGUGCAAAUCUUUUCCCUCGUGGUCACUCCAGGCUCGCCUCAAGGGGUGAUUACAGGACACACUUUCAAAUUCAAUCCGGAAGAUGUCGGCGAUCUGUUGAGCGUAAGCUGCGUUCUGGGCUCGUAGGUUCGCCAUCUGCGCUGACUCCACCAAGUUCAAUCUUGCUCCUUUUCCUGCUCGCGAAGUUUGCGAUCGAGACCGCACCGCUUCGCGACUACUCUGUGGCGAGUCGUAUCAGCUUUGCGUCGACGUCCGGCCUGCUGCAGGCGCGAGAAAAUGGACACUUUGCGUGGGCUCGUGACGAGGCUCUGGCCGAGAUCGACCAUCUGCCAGCCAUGGUUCAAAUCUCAGACGGCUUUUCCGGGGCCCGAACGUCCCCGAUAACCAAACUACUGCGGUAUGGGGCUGUGAGUCUUGGCGAAGGCUCGUUAGAUCUGCGACAAACUGCUGAUCUCGUCGUCAUGCCUGGUCGCAGAAUGGCGAUGUGGCAAGGACUCCCCUCGCCGUUGUUGUUUCCUCUCGAUCUCAGACCAUUCACGGGCUUGAUGCGAAAGACAACGGUAAAGUGGUAUGGCGGUACUUUGUAUCAUUGGAAGGGCGCAUCGAAUGGGAAACCAUUCUCCUCGCUCAUCUUGAUGGUACCGGGACUACUUCGUCUGUUCGCGUCAAUGCAACGGCCCGAACGGUGAGGGUCCAGCUUUGGCCGUCCAGUCCUUGUAUACACUGACAUGCUUGAGCUUCUGUCACACCUCCCCGAACAUCAAGUCUGACCGUCGCUUGCUUCUGAUCUCACUCGACGCUCGGACCGGCCAAGAAUUGGAUCAUCAGAUUACGGAGGACCGUCGCCCGCCACGGCACCACCAGGGCUCGACCUCGAAUCUUUCUUUCCGUGGCGUGGAUUUGGGCUGUGAGAGCAAGAUUGAGGCUGGUGAUGGCCUGGUCGAGGGCUGGUCGCUGUGUGACCGACAGAGCGUGAGGUUAUUCGCUGCUGGAGCCUGAGGUGGACGAUUCGGGUAUACUGACCGUUGCCCUUGUGCUCAGCGCCUCUCCUGGAGAUACAAACUACCUGCCGGUUACACUGUCGUCCGUGUAGUGCGAAACAUGCUAGGUAAGCUCGCCAAAAUUGGUGCAAACAUCUUAGUCGAGAACAGAUUCAUGUCUAUCCUACGUAAUAUCUCACAGAUGCAGUGGCGUCACCAGGGCGAGUUCUCGGAGACCGCUCAACGCUACUCAAGUAUCUGAAUCAUGGCGUCGUCGCUGUGGUAGCCAUCUCGAAAUCAACUUCGCAGCUGACGCUGAGUAUUUUGGACGCUGUCAGUGGGCGCUGCCUGCACGAAGCGCUGCAUGACGGUAUCCGCACUUCGAAAGAGAUCUCUGUAUCCAUUCGCGACAACUGGGUUAUCUACACUCUCUAUGCCGAAGAGGACCCUUCUACUUUUACACGGGUGCAUUCCAUCGAGCUCUUCCAUCAGACGUCGUCCUUUGCCAUCGGAGCCGGGAGGUCCUUGUGAGUCGACCAUGGUAUCGCGCGUUGCUGUGUCUUUAGGAAUGAAUUUGAUCUUUUCCAAUCGCCGACAGGUCAUCGCUGCGGCCUGAUCUUGCCAGAAUUAGCGUCUCCUCCAAGUCGUUUCUGUCGACUGACGGACUGAGGGUUCGGGGUCUGACACGCACUCCGCUCGGGAUCACGUCGUUCAGCGCCAUUUGUGCGUGCAACCGUGUCUUCGCAUCGAUUAAUGAGAUGUCACUACUCAAACGUUGACCAUGUGUACCGACGCAGUUGCAAAUUCGAUGAAUCAGGUUAUCGCCUUGCCGCGACGACACCUCGACCCCCGGAGGCACACACGCAAGCCGACCCGCGAAGAUUUCGAAGAGUUACUCAUACCUUACGAGGCCAUUCUUCCGAACAACCCGAGAUGGGUGCUUUCUCGGGCCUAUGAGGUCAGUCUGUAUUCAACACGGGGACGUACGAAUACGGCACUCUGACCUUUUCUUGUAUGCGGUCGUGCUUGCCUGAACAGCUGUCCGACGUCCAGCUCAUGCUUAGCUAUCCUGGAGAUCGAGAAUCAGAGUCGUCGAUCCUUGCGAUCGGAACAGACUUUUUUGGGACUCGCAUAUCACCAUCAAAGUCGUUCGACGUGCUCAGCCCCUCUUUUAACAAGAUCCAGCUCGGAGUCACCCUGUCGAUCUUGGCAAUCACUACCAUCGUGUCUCGGCAUUGGGUACGUGUUCGCUUAAUACGUUGCAAUGCGCUUCACUUCGAACUAAUCUGA